AGGGGAAACAUCCUCCUCUGUGUGGAGCUGCUUCUCUGGCUGACUUUUCACAGUCCGAUGCCCCAACAGGACUCAGCGGUCAUGGCCGGCAGUCUGACCCACCACGGCUCCCCGAACCCGGGAUACACCGCCAAUAACAACGCGGUUCCGGUCCCGGUCCCGGUCCCAGCCCCGGCACUGGCACCGGCCCCGGUCCUUACUCAGACCAACUCUAGGGAUAAGUGGAGCAAAAAGAUGGAUUUUCUCCUCUCUGUAAUUGGCUUUGCUGUGGACCUGGGAAAUGUUUGGAGAUUUCCCUACGUUUGCUAUCAAAACGGUGGCGGUGCUUUUCUUAUUCCCUACAUUUUGAUGGCCAUCUUUGGUGGUGUGCCACUUUUUUACAUGGAGCUGGCACUGGGACAGUUCCAUCGCACUGGAGCCAUUUCUAUAUGGAAACACAUUUGUCCCAUUUUCAAAGGUAUAGGAUAUGCCAUUUGUAUCAUCGCUCUGUAUGUGUCCUUCUACUACAACACCAUCAUCGCCUGGGCCCUCUUCUACUUCUACUCCUCUUUCUCCAGCAUCCUGCCUUGGACAAACUGUGACAAUGUAUGGAACACCCCUGACUGCACCAACUACUUUGGCAUCGACAACGUCACUUGGACCAAUGCCUCCAGGUCUCCGGCAGAGGAAUUUUACACGAGGAAUGUUCUGGAGAUCCACAAGUCGUCAGGUCUUAAAAAUGUUGGGGGUGUUCGCUGGCAGUUGAUGCUCUGCCUUUUCCUCAUAUUCACCAUUGUUUACUUUAGCCUGUGGAAGGGCGUGAAGACUUCAGGGAAGGUCGUGUGGGUUACAGCCACCUUGCCCUACAUAGUGCUUUUCAUCCUUCUUAUUAGAGGAGCCACCCUGCCCGGUGCCUGGAGAGGAGUGGUGUUUUACCUGAAACCACAGUGGGGGAAGCUACUGGACACUACUGUGUGGGUUGAUGCAGCGGCUCAGAUCUUCUUUUCUCUGGGACCUGGCUUUGGGGUGCUGCUGGCCCUGUCCAGCUACAACCCUUUCACAAAUAACUGCUAUCGUGACGCCAUUGUGACCAGUUUGGUGAACUGUCUGACCAGCUUUGUGUCGGGGUUCGUGAUCUUCACUGUGCUGGGCUACAUGGCAGAGAUGAGGCAGGUGGAGGUAGAGGAGGUAGCCAGGGAUAAAGGACCAAGUCUGCUCUUCAUCACCUACCCAGAAGCCAUUGCAAACAUGAUGGGCUCAACCUUCUUUGCCAUCAUCUUUUUUACGAUGAUGAUUACACUGGGACUGGACAGCACGUUUGGUGGGCUGGAGGCGAUCAUCACUGCCGUGUUAGAUGAAUACCCAGAUCUUUUGUCAAACAGACGUGAACUUUUUGUACUGGGCUUGGUAAUUGUCUGCUUUGUGGGCUCUCUAAGCACCCUUACAAAUGGUGGUGCCUAUGUGGUGAAACUGCUGGAGGAAUUUGGAGUUGGAAGCUCCAUCAUAGCUGUGGGUUUCCUUGAGGCCAUAGCAGUGUCCUGGUUCUAUGGUAUCAACAGGUUUAGCAAUGAUGUCAAGGCUAUGCUGGGUAAAGCUCCGGGGUUGUUCUGGAGGGUGUGCUGGGUCGCCAUCAGUCCAGCAUUUCUAGCGUAUAUAAUAGUGAGCUCCCUGCUGAAGGCGCCGCCCCUCACGCUGUUUGACUAUAAGUACCCAGACUGGAGCAUCACAGUGGGAUACAUCGUGGGCUUCUCAUCCUUCAUGUGGAUCCCCAUCUACAUGGUCUACAAGCUGGUGUGGACUCCUGGAUCUCUCAAACAGAGGUUGGCAGUGUGUCUAAGACCAGAAAGGACCAUACCAGACAUCCAUGCGGACAACCUCACCAUGGUUACGGUACCAUAGAGGGAAAAGCACCUUAACACAUGAAAACCACACUCGACUCCUCCCCUGCUAGAAGUUUUUUUUUUUUUUCAGCCCUCAGCUUCAAGUGAUUUGUGACACAACCUGACCGUCGUCUGACAUCAUGACUGUUACCUGCUUACAAUGUUAAACAUGUCAGCUGUUAAAGCACAUGUACACUCUGUAAAAAUAGUAAAUGCUGCUACAUUUUUUUUACCCCAAGAGGAGCUGACAUAGCAAUACUCACACCUUACUGUUUGGUCUGUGUAUUUAAAUCUACAGUACAUGUGUCACCAGACAGUAUGUAGCCUUUAUAUGAUCCCAUGAGUCAUAUUUUAUUUUGAUACAAUUGUAGGAGUCACAUUUGUUUAAUAUGUUGCUUCUUUCCCCUUCAAGAACAACAUGCCAAGGAAAAUAAAAACAUGUAUUUCUUUAUGUAACAGACAGCACAUCUUUUCUACCGCAUGGGGCCGUUUUCAAUGUUAAGUUCUUCUUGUCUGUAGUUUUAUCAAAGUUGGAUAAUAUCAGCUCUGCAUGCUACUACUGACGAUAGAACAAAAUAGUUUCCUGUGGAGAAGCAGAUGAGUUAAGACAGAGUAAAACCACUACAAUAACCGUGGCAGCAUUGAUAUGCAUGCAUUUGUAUGUAUUUUAUUAAGUGGACUUUUUAUUAAUUCGCUAAACAACGUGCUCUGCAGUCAGUUAUUGCUUUUGAAAGCAGGUGUUACCAGCUCUGCUGCAUUUUUGUGGAAGAACAGGUAUAUGUGUGGACUGAAACAUUUACAUCAGUGGGACCAAACCGUGAUCAGUUUGGCAUUAAAAGAAUAAUCCUAAUUCUUAGUUAUUAACCUUUAAUUUUUGCAGAUGCUGUUUUUAGUCUUUACACAGUGGCUUUGUAGUACUGUGCUUGUUUUGGAUUUUAUGCCAGCUUCUUGAUAUAUUUGCAAUAAAAAAAGUGUUCUCCCUUCAAGUGUUUGCAUCUGAGUUUAGAGAGGCCAUCGAACAAAGAUCACACCAGUUCAUAUUUGAAAGGUGUGGAAUUAUUUGUGUUGGUUUUUUUUCUAUGGGCAUUAUAGAGUCUGUAUCCUUAAAGAUGCAUUUCUACAACUUAAUUUGUCAUUUCAAUUCAAAUUAAACUAUUUCGUCUUCAUGUGAUGGCUUCAUUUAACUCCAGAACGCUUGUUUUGCCUUAAUCUGCCUAAAUAUCGCACUGUCUGUAAAAAAAUACUGUAAAGGUCGUAUUGAUAUUUUGCCUCUCCAAUGUUUUCACUUUAAGACUGUUCACGUUGAUUUGCUCACAUAAUGACAUCACUUGUGUCUUUGCCAUCUGUGUUACAUUUAUCUUCAAUAGCUUUAUAUUUUAUCCUAAAAAAAGAAACAUGGGUAGGAUGAUGAUUAUUAUGUGAUUUCAUUUCUCUUCAACCUGGUUUCUGUAACAGAUGUGUAUACAUGAAUUAUAGUAUAUGUUACAUA